AUGGCUACAAUUCUUAAUAUGGAUUUCCCUUCUUCAGAUGAAAAUGAUGAAGACUAUAAUGCUGAAGAAGAUUUAAAAGAAGAAUUAAAAGAACAAAAAAAAAAAAAAAAAAACUCAAAAAAAAUAGGAAAUAAUAUUAAAAAAUCUAUCAUAAAAGAAAAAACAGAAAAAAUAUAUACCGAUAUUAAUAAAGAAUAUGAAAAAUUAUAUACUCAUGAAACUAAUGUCACAAACGAAGAUUUUCUUCUUCAAUUUCAUAAGAAAUAUCCUCAAUUUGAAAAAAAUAAUAAUACAACACAAAAAUUGUUUAAUCAUUUGAAUAAAUAUUGCUCAAUAGAACAAGAUAAUUCCAAUUUUAUGGAUAUAAAAGAUUAUAAAAAAAUAUGUCGAAGCUGUUAUGAUAAUAAUAAUAAUAAUAAUGACGUCUCAAAGGUGGUAAAAAAUGCAUUAAAUUCAUUUUAUUCUAACAAUUCUGUAUAUGUAGAAAAAAAAUACAUGUAUGCUGGUAAAAUAUACAAUAUUAAAAAAAAAAUCGACAAAACUUCCUCUUCAUAUAAAAGAUAUUUAAAAACAAAAGACAAAAUAAAUAUUGGCGGAAAUUUUGCAAAUAUCGAUGAACUUGUACAGCAAAUACAAGAAAGUAAGCAAAUUAAUACAAUUGAUAAAUCGACAGAAGAUUGGAAACAUUACAAAAUAGCUAACUCUAUCGAUGAGGAAAAAUUAAAAGCCAACCAAAAUUAUUUAGAAAAUAAAUUUUUUGCAGAAAAUGUUGAAAGAAAAAUGUUUGAAAACAAAGCGAAAAGAAAACCAUGA